AGCUGUGUAUUUCUUUCUCAUAGACAAUACUGCGACUCGCGACUGCCCAGCCAUGGUGGCUGUUGCCAACGUCAAGGAAGUCCUCGGGGAGAGCCUCAGCUUCUAUGUCUCAGAAUGGUUCAAACCAGACUACGUUCAUCCCUUCAUGAACAUCGAUGCCACGGUGGUGCCGGAUAGUGUGAAGCCCAUCCCGCCGCAGUGGGUCAACGAUGUGGAGCUGGAUGAGUUCGGGGCCGAGAUGGGGGACGUCAUUGGCGAAGGGCCCAUCCUGUCCUGGAGCCCCGAGGAGCGCAAGCAGCGCUUCCUCGCGGCGCUGCGGCGGCUAGACCUCUCCGAGGAAGCGCUUGCUUCGAAGCGCAUCAGCGCGAUGGGCAAGUCCGAGCUGGGCCACGAAAAGAAGCGGGUGAAGGCGGAGUUGAAGCGAUACGACACGGACUGGAAGAAGCAGUUCAAAGUGCUGCCGAAUCACUCCCAGAAAGAGGUCAUGAGACCUCUGUACUUGUAUUACAGGAAGCUGAAGAAUCAGCUCGCUAGCGCAGACUCGGGCGGCCGAGACCAAGAAAGCGACGAUGACAUGAUGAGCAGGGGUGGGCCUGAUAGCGCGCGUUCGACCAAGAAGUCCUCUAGAGAGAAGGCUGAGCAGCAAAUUGCACAGCUGGAGGCUCGGGCGAACACGCUGCAGCAGGAGAAAGGUGCGAUCCGCACAAAGCUCAAGGAGUUCCAGGAGAAUUUCGUCCUGCAGCACCACCGGAAGAUCCGGUUUCACAAGGACAUCCUUCCCAUCGAGAAGGAAUACCGCAUGUACAAAACCAUCAAAGAGGAUCUACAAAAGGUGGAAGCUCAGCUGCGGAACCUGCGUGGGAAUACAGUCCUGUGAUGACUUGCGUGACUGCUACUUGCAGAGGCAUACAUGCCAAUGUCAAAUUCGUUUGGUGCUCCUAGCUUGCAGUACAGCCACUGUUGCGUGAAAUGCAGAGGGACGCUCCAAGCGCAACUGUCUCACCCAACCAUCCAGCAGGCGAGAAAGAAUAUGCGUGUGUGCGUGUGCAAGCCUCAAGAGCAACAAACAGUCACGCUGCAGACUGAGAGCCACUAUACUGAGAACCCGUGUUUGUAAAUUCUAUCCAAGCCG